AUGUGGCUUGUAAUAACUGGUCAGUGUCAAACCCUAGUAAAAGAAUCAGCUUUUAUGAUACAGCUGGUUUAUUUGAAAAAGCAUUUCUUCGUACAUCAACUCCUGAAAAAGCAGUUCAUGGAUUCAAGACUUGUGGACUAUGGCCAUUUGUUAAUAAUAUUUUCUCUGAUGAAGAUUAUCAAGCAGCUGUCACUUAUCUACAAUUUCAAUUUUAGAAAACAUCUGGUGUGCAGAUUGAGACUAAUCUGGAUCAGUCAUCACAUGACCUCAACAAUCAUGAUCCACAAGAUAUCAGGUGGCAGAAAUAAGAAACGUGAACCAGAAUCAUCAAAGUUAAUAACUUCUUCACCAUUCAAGAAAGAACUCGAAGAGAAAGCUAUGUCAACUGAAGCAAAAUUGACUAGGAAGAUUAAAACAAAAAAUACAACUAAAAACAAAACAAACUUGUACAAAAGACAUGAAACCACUAUAAGAAAGAAUAGUUAA